ACUUUUCCUAGAUUUUUCGUUAAACCCUUGCUUGCCCCUUCGUUCUCUCGCCGGCGCGCGACGACCUGAAGUAAUCGUAGACGAUGGAUCCUCAGCCGGAGCCCGUUAGCUACAUCUGUGGAGAUUGCGGUCAGGAAAACACGCUGAAGCAAGGGGAUGUGAUUCAGUGCCGUGAGUGUGGUUAUCGUAUUCUCUACAAGAAACGUACCCGCAGAAUUGUCCAAUAUGAAGCACGUUAAAGCUGAUGUUUCGGAGGUACAUAUAGGCGGGGCAUUUAAGCAGCAUAUCUGCCCGUUUAUUACAUAAUUUCGUUUCGUGCUGCGAGCUGUUGACUCUGGUGUUUUAUGUGUGUUUAAGGUACCGGGAUUUAUAAUAUAAGAUCGGAUUAAUUUGGAUUAUAUCGGAUUGUAUUAAUUCUCUAAUGACUUACUAAUAGUAGGAUGUUUGGUUUAUUGUAUUAGCUCUAGUACUAAAAUUGUUUAAAUCUGGUUUUAAAUGUGAUUUCUCACCAA